AUGAUUGUGAUAACUGCAGCCCACUGUUUGCAUGGCAAAAAGAUUGAAGAUUUAUCAGUACGCUCAGGAUCAUCGUAUUGGAACCAUGGCGGUCAAUCGGUGAACAUAACUAAAUCAGUUUCACAUGCGAAAUACAAUUAUUCCAGUUUUACUCAUGAUAUCGCUGUGCUUCUCCUGAGCUCCCCACUGAAAUUUGACAAUUUUACACGAAAUGUCGAAUUGGCCGAGAGUACUCCGAAGGCAGGAACACCUGCUCUGCUUUCCGGUUGGGGAAUUAAAUAUUUUGGUCCUAGUGCUAAAGGUCCUGAUAAAUUGCAGGCCCUCACAGUUUUUGUAAAAGAUCGUAAAAAGUGUAAGAAGGCCUACAAUUUAUUGGCGGAAUUAUUGGCUGAAGAACAUUAUGAUAUACCCGAGGACAACAUAUGUGCCUCGUCAAGUGAUAAAGGUGCUUGCAAAGGAGACUCCGGUGGUCCGCUGGUUACUUUAUUACCCACCAAGCUUAUUGGCAUCGUUUCUUCAGGAUUCCGAUGUCUUACUCCUAGCUUGUACACCGAUGUUACAUUCUUCAAGACAUGGAUCGAAAGAACUGUAAAAAGCUUCGCAUGCAGCCCGUUAAAAGAUUACCAAUAA